AUGACAGAAUAUUCUAAAUUAAUUUAUAUGGAAAAGAAAAAACCAAAUCCUAAAAAUUGGCAAAUAUCAAGUUGGCAAUGCUAUAAGAAUUAUUAUCAUUGUCUUUCAUUAUUUAACCAAAACAAAUUAAAAGAAAGUUACACUCAACUAAGAGAGCUUAUAGAUACUAUUGAUGAAUUAAUUCCUUCAGUUGAAGCUUCAGAAAGAAAAAGAUUAGAAGUUACUUUAAAUUGUACUCAUGCAUUAGUUGUUGAAAUAUUAAAGAAUUUAUGGAAAGAAAAAACAGGAGAUAAAGCUUUAAUGAUUGAUGCUUGUUCACAAUAUUUAGAAUAUCCUUCUUUAGAAAAGAAAGGAUGGUUCUCAUGGUGGUAA